CGGAUAGAAAUACAAAUGUCGCUGAAUCAGCUCAUGCAAACAUUAAUCGUGAUGGAAAAAAUUUGAAUUUAUUAACAGCUAUUUUGAGAGCUCGUCACUUUGAUGAACGCCAAUAUAUCUCUAUUAAUAUAUAUACCAAAUUUGGAAUUGGCAAUAGUGGACGCGACAAAGGUGUUAUUGCCAGAACUGCACUUGCAAUAAAACGCUAUAAGUAA